AAUAACAUAAGCAUUAAUAUUUAGAUAAUUUGAUAAUAAAAAAUUGGUGUGUAGAUAGCUUAUAUCAGUAUAAAGACAUGCAAUCGUGAUAGUUAGAACCUCUGGGCAAAUAUUUGUGCAAACCAACAAAAAGUUGAUUGAAUAGUCUGCAUUCUUUAUAUUUCUACAAUUCGCAGUGGGAAAGAUUGAGAAGGAAACAAAAAUGGCAACCCGAAUGUACGUUUGUGAAUCAGUUGAGCAUCCUUCAAGUUUGUUAAUGGGAUUAAAUGAACAAAGGCUGCAGGGUCAAUUAUGCGAUAUCACAGUUCGAGUACAAGGCCAUUUGUUCAAAGCUCAUACAAAUGUACUGGCAUCUGCAAUGGGUUAUUUCAGGGAUCUGUUUCUGAACCCUAACAAACAAGUGAAGAAAGAUGUCAUUGAAAUUCCGAUGAUUGUCAAUAGCGUCGGCUUUGCAAAAGUUCUUGAUUUUAUCUACACAUCACAGUUAUGUCUCAGCCAAAGUUCUGUCAUGCAGGUAUUAUGUUCAGCUUGCUACCUACAGAUUCCAUAUGUUGUUGACAAAUGCCAAGAAUUUAUUGUAACUCAUGGCCAUGUAUCACCUCAGAAUACAUUUCCUGCAAUACCUGAUCAGAGAUAUCUCCCUAACAAAGACUCUGACAAUCAGGAAUGCGAACUAAUAAACACACCUCCCUCACCUGGUAAUCAAUCAGGAACAAACAGUAAUCGAGGUGAAGAUGUAACUGGUGUUGGAUCACCUAUCGUCAAUGAUGAACCUCAUGAUUUGAGUCCUGAAGGAAAAUCAGACAAUCUUUUGAUCAAACAAGAAAAUGCAGAAAAUUCAUCUGGAAAUGGAGAGCAAGCGAACUCAGAUAGUAACCCAGCAACAAGAGCACUUAUUGAAUUUUCUAACCAAAGCAGACUAAAUCAUAUUCUGGGUGAAGGAAAUCCUCACAGAAAUGGAGCUUUGAAAAUGCUUUUGCAGAAUGGUGAAGGGCAAGGACCUGAUGGUGAUUUAAUUGACCAUGAAUCACUUGCAGAAUAUUUCGCAAGAAAUGGACAUCCAGCUGGGGAAAAUCCAUACGGUUCAAUUAUACUUGGAAGAUCAUCUCCAUCCACUUCUGUUGAACAACAUUUGUAUUCCAUGACAAAAAAUAUAAGCUCUAACAGCCCCAGCAAAGAAACAAUGACAUCAUCACCAACCAGUUCAGUUUCGCAAUAUUUGCUUGCAAUGAAGAAAGAAAAACCUAAGAAAGAAUACAGAUGUGAAUACUGCAACAAGUUAUUUGGUCGGCAACAACAUUUGAAACGCCAUAUUUUAACCCAUACUGGUGAACGUCCAUAUCCAUGCAAUUUAUGUGAAAAAAGGUUUCGUCGAUCAGAACAUCUAAAGCAUCAUCUCGUAAAGCAUCAACAGGAAACCAAUAUAGCUGGCAACGGUACAACAAACCAAUUUGUAGAUUUCAAUUCGACUUCAUCUGCAACAUCAACUGGAAGAAAAAGGCCUAGAAAAGCAGCACCAUCCGAUGCAUACAGUAUGUCGAAGAUGAUGUUGGUGUCUUACAAUCAACAACAACAAGCAAAUGAAUCAAAUUCAGUCCAAGAUAAUAAAGUUGCAGAAAGAGAUCUCAUUGGAAGUAAUCCAAUACUUUUGAACAAACUGAAUAGUGGGAGUGCAUUGGAUUCUAUAAGUGAAAGACUGGCAUUUGCUGCUUCCCAACGCGGUGAAAAUGAGCAAGAUAAUUCGUACUCAAAUGCAGCUGGUUCACCUGUUGCACUUAAUCUUUCCAGCAAAGACAUGACACAAACGGUUACAAAAGUGCAGGAAGUUUUUAACGAACCAAGAGAAUCACCAUCUCAUAAUGCAGCAAUCGAUAGUUCACCAUCGGAAAAUCAGCAACUAGAGCAUGGUAAUUCACCACAGAAUGGUCUAGAUAUGUCAGUUACUAGUAGUAAUACCGGUAAUGGUGAAGGAAAUACAGAAGAAUUAAACAACAGUGUUGAUGAUGAAGGAAUGACAAACAGCGAAGAUUCUAAACAGAGUUCUAGCCCGGCAGAUGCUCAGAAUGCUCCCAAUGCAAUGUCCAUAGAAAACUUUACAAGUGAAGUUGUCACUCCAGAAUUGAAACGACUGUUUGCUGCUAUGGAUGGCUGAAAAUGGAGAACUAAAAACUGAAAUUUCAAAUAAAACAAUGUUAUGCAUAUAAUUUCAAAUUGACUUUAAUCAGUGUGACUUCAUUAUUUCUGCUUAAUACUGAAUAGUCCUUCUAACCAUAAAAUAUUAUUGACUGGACGUUUACAACGCUUUCACUCAGAAAUGGUAUUGUUUUAUACCAACCCAACACCAUCAGUGCAGAUGGUGUAUAUUAUAUUCGAUAGUGUAUUUGCAUUUUGAUUUUACUAUCUUUUUGAAUUCUUGCAAACGAGUGUUCAGUUUAAAAUGAAUUGACGGGUAACACAAUCUGAGAAGACCUCAUAAUGAUUUGGAUAGUGAAAAUCACUACUUCUCUUCUCAAAAUCACCACAAACUCUUGAAUUAAAUUUUCGAUAAUUUGACAUAUACAAUUCAUUCUAUGUGAAUUAGAUCUGUUGAAGGGCAUUCCAAACAGAAAUUUCCACAUAUGAGCUAACUAAUUCCCAGAAAUACAUGGCGUCAAUAAAGUCACUUUAGGGUGAAAAUGAAUUUUUGAGACGAAAUAAAUUUAUUGAUUUUCGCAAAACUUGCAUGCAUUGGUGGGUAAAAUGUGAAUAUUAUUAUCAAUACUAUAUUUACUUCAUAGGUGAAACACGAGCAAAAUUUGCCAUUUUUAUUGAUUUUAUCUAUCCUUGCUAUUUUAUUAUUGUUUUGGGAAGGAUUUAUACUUUUUUGUCAUUGUAAAGAAAAUUUUGGUUGUAAUUGGUAAGACUAGUAAAAGAUGCAAUUGUGACAUAAAAAUAUAACAUUUCAAUUACAGGGCUGUGGUUUCAUUCUAUAGCAAUUCUUCGAUUCAUGUAAUGUAUAAUAUUUUCGGAAUUCUCACCCACUAACUUGCAACGUAUGAUUAUGGAUUUACUUAUUCACAUUUUUUCUAUUUAACGGAUGGUGCAAUUUCCAACAUUUGAGAUAUUUGUUAAUAUUUUUCGGACACAAUACGUACUACAUUGCAAAUACUGUUUCAAUGCAUGAAAAGUGGAUUGAUCAGCUUUAUUUAAAAGUUGUAUCAUUUCAUUUUUGAUGCAAAAAAUGUCUUUUUAACAAACUAUUUUCGCUGUGAUAACAACAUAUUUAUCAAUGAAAGCAUUAUCAUGACAUUACCAUUCCGAAUUUAGCAUAUUAUUGCUCAGUUUUUUUUUUUUUUGACUUCAAUCUUUUUUUGUUUUUGUCUGUCUUGAUGAACUUGAUCACCACUUUAUUAUUGCCAUUUACCACAUAUGGCGUUUAGAGAUGUAUCAUACAUAUAAGACAUAAUAUAUAUGGAUGGAUCAUCUAUUGAAUAUUUUAUGUGAUGAUUGAUUGCUAUAUUGAUUUGAUAUAGCUUGAUUGCAGCUGAAUCUUGCCAAUUUAGUUUAUGUUGUAUUUAUAUUUAUUUCUCUACAAAGAAGAAGAGGUUAUAUUUUUGGCUUUUCCAAAAUUUUGAUUUUCUUUGUUAAAGUUAGUGAAUCCAGUCAAUAAAAUAUAAGCGCUCUUUAUGUAUGUUUUUAUUUAUUCAUAGCUUGUCUUUAUUAGGUUCACACAAAUUUGGGUCAAAACAAAGGUAUUCUGGUUAAAAGUUUCAUUUGGCACAUAAAUUAUAAAAAUUUAAAUGGUUUUGUGACUUAAACGUCCACGUAUUCAGAGAAUCUUGAAUUUUGGAAUCUGUUUAGAAAGUUAGAAAACUGAACUUCUUCGUUAUAAAUUUGCUUCCUCUCAUGUUGCUGUAGCUGUGUUUUUCAUUGAGUAAAGAAAAAAUAUGAUGACAUAUUAUAGUUGUGGCUUUUGGUUGACAUCUUUUUAUUCGCAAUUUCACACACUUUGGAGUUUAACUUGCAAUAUUUUAUCUUGUUAUACGUACUAUAAUUAUUUCUAAGUAUUAUUGAAUCCAUGCUGGAAAUAUUGUGCAUUAUAUGGACUAAAUUGCUUACCGGUUCAUCGAAAUGUAUCUGACAUGGAGUAAUAUAUUGAACGCACUUUAUGACACAAUUGUUGGUUGACUCAUAGUUGGUCACGGCAUCCUAACAUCUAAGAUCCAUGUACUGUAAUAUCUUAUAUCCUGGGCAUAUUGACUGAAAUUUCAGAUAUGAUGCUCAAAUAAUUUAACUUAUCAAGAUAUAGCCAUUUGAGAUUAUUCCAUGUAUUGCCUAUUUUGUUAUUACUUUACUAUUCCAUGUAAUAUUUUUGUUAAAUUAAACAGGGUCAUGUAUAAAUAUCCUACUUGAUGUACUUUUUGCAGGGCACAUCUUUGGUUAGCUGUUAUGUCUAGUAUAAUAAUCACUAUUCAGACAAUAUUAAGCUGUACUUUGGUGUUGAACCUUGUAAUAAUUCAUUUUUCACCUACUGAAUAUGGCCGAGUUAUAUGAGAUGAUAUAAAAGUGUUGAUGAAAAAAUUUGUCAAGGCAAAUUCUGUGAAUAUUUUCUUUGAUUUUACCAAUGUCGCCUUUUUGUGAAAUACAAAAUACACAAAGCUA